UGAUGACUGGUACGGAAGUUUAACCUUUGUGGAAAGCUUCAGGUCAAAUGGCUUGGAUGAAGCCAUAGAAAAUACUGCAUGGUUCUGUUUGUAUGACAUAAUUCUUGACUUUUCGAAUUAAAGAAUUUGUAAAGCUUUCGUUUUCAAGCUUUUUGGUAUUCACCUUAAAUUUGAAGCAUAGCAACGUAAAUUUUUUUCAUGACAUCUUCCAUCGACGUAUUCAAACUUGAUUUUUGUCGAAGAUAUCGUUGUAAGGGUGUUUGCAUGAGCUGUAGUACAUUUCUAAUUCUUUUUUUACUUCGUUAGCCUUGGAGACGCUGGGUCAACAUCAAUUGCCUAUGGUAGGCAUUUAUUCUUCGCAUGACAUUGACAAACUUUAACCUCGUUGGAUUUACUUCGCUUCUACUUCUUCGAAGAGUUCGGAUGCAUUGCAGGCCAUGCAUGGAAGAAUGGAUAGCAGAGCAUAAUAAUAUGACAAGAGAUAUCGUGAGAGACAAAAAGUUUUCUGUUAAUGUUUCUCUGUUCUUUCGAUCUUAGCGCCCGCCUUCAGAAAUCACAUCAGCGAUCGACUUGGAAAUCUAAGGAACUAUGGGUGUUCCAAGCAGAAAUGAGUGUGAUGUGGAGCAACUCAGUCCUAAGAUGCGCGUAAAGUCAAAGCGAAAGCCGUCAAAGGCGUCUGGACUCACGGGACCUUUGAGCUCAUUGGGCGCAGUCUCAUACGGCCCGGGAUUCGGAAGUUUUAAUGGGCAUAUUUGUACUAAAUCUUUGCUUAGAGUUGAAAAUGCUUUAGUCUUGUCGUCUACAAUCCAAGGGGACUGGACUUAUCAUAAGAAUACUCCUCAAAUAUUCCAUGACGCUAUACUCAUGACCAAAAGAUAAAUGUUGAGAUGAAGAGGUAGGCUAGAAGGAAUAUUUAUAUGAUUGCAUUUGUUCUAAGAAGACUCGCCAAG